CGGGGGGGACCCGGAUGGGAAGGAGGGCGGGGUCUGGAGGAAAGAAAGAAGGAUGGUGAGGCCCCGGAUGCUUGAACCGGAUUGGGUCCGAAUGUUCUGCGUCCCGUCGCGGGCGAAAGGGAAAAACUGGAGGGGCCGGAUCGGGGCGGAAAGGGGCAUCGGAGCGGAGAGGAAGCGGAGCCUCGCGGGCCCGGCGACCCUGCAGGCGGAGCGGAUGCUGGAGGCUCCCGGCCCCGCCGCGGUGCAAAGUCGGCCUCGGAGUUGUUCAAACCCCCGCCCGCUCCUCGGGUCGUUCUCUGCAGACCCCUCAUCGGCCGGAAGGUUUCGAGCUGCGCUUACUUUUAUUUGCCUGUUUUGAACAAUUCAUACGAUCUUUGAAAUUCAACAACAAUGGAGAAGACUCACGAAAAAGUGCAAAGAAUUCUUCUAGAACCCUACAAGUACUUGCUUCAGUUACCAGGUAAGCAAGUGAGAACCAAACUUUCACAGGCAUUUAAUCAUUGGCUAAAAGUUCCAGACGACAAGCUUCAGAUUAUCAUUGAAGUGACGGAAAUGUUGCAUAAUGCCAGUUUGCUCAUCGAUGAUAUCGAAGACAACUCAAAACUCCGCCGUGGCUUUCCCGUGGCACACAGCAUCUAUGGGAUCCCGUCUGUCAUCAAUUCUGCCAAUUAUGUGUAUUUUCUUGGCCUGGAGAAAGUCUUAACUCUCGAUCACCCAGAUGCAGUUAAGCUUUUUACGCACCAGCUCUUGGAACUCCAUCAGGGACAAGGCCUGGAUAUUUAUUGGAGGGAUAGCUACACUUGUCCCACUGAAGAAGAAUACAAAGCGAUGGUGCAGCAGAAGACCGGUGGACUGUUUGGAUUAGCAGUGGGUCUCAUGCAGUUGUUCUCUGAUUACAAAGAAGAUUUAAAGUCACUACUUGAUACACUGGGGCUCUUUUUCCAAAUUAGAGAUGAUUAUGCUAAUCUACACUCCAAAGAAUAUAGUGAGAACAAAAGCUUCUGUGAAGAUCUCACAGAGGGCAAGUUCUCGUUCCCGACUAUUCAUGCUAUCUGGUUGAAGCCCGAAAGCACCCAGGUGCAGAACAUCUUGCGCCAGAGAACCGAAAACAUAGACAUUAAAAAGUACUGUGUACAUUAUCUUGAGAGUGUCGGUUCUUUUGAAUAUACUCGGAAUACUCUUAGAGAGCUUGAAUCGAAAGCCUACAAACAAAUUGAUGCACUCGGUGGCAACCCUGAACUGGUAGCUCUAAUAACGCAGCUAAGUAAAAUGUUCAAAGAAGAGAAUUAGUAAUAUUAAGCCAUUCUUGAUUAGGCCUGACAGCUUAUUUUAGUUGAUUAUUUUUUUGUCUUUUAGCCUAUUUUUUUAUAAAUUUGGAGCAAGCUGUUUGUCUCUGAAAACGGAGUGGACAGGGGCGAUGUGGGUGAGGUGGUUUUCAUGUAGAACCACUCUGUAAUCAUUGUACACAAUGGAGGGAGCCGAGAGGAGUCUCAUUUAAUUAGGUGUAAUGUGAAUGUCGAAGUGUGCUGUGUUGGGUCCUUGUGGCCAACUCUGCCAGGAGUGUUUGAUUGAUUCUGUCAAUAAAGAAUUCGACUUCCGUCUUCUCUGCA